AUGUCUGAUAACGAUUCGGUUAGAUUGGAUAAAGAGAAAGGUAUUGACCUGGCAUUAGAUCCUAAUUUAAUUGCACUUCCAUUAUAUAAUUCUUCUGGAUCACCUUCGUUGAAACCAACCUUGGAUAAGGAAGUUGAAGGAUCUAGUGAAAAUGAAGUACAAAAUUUUAAAAAUGUGGAUAUUUCUAACAAAGAUCAUUUAUUGGUAAAUAACCCUUAUGAGGUAUUUGGACAGAUGCCAUUGGAUCAGUUUAUUCCAUUGAUAUUGCAAGAAAGGGGAUCUGGAUUCAAUUUUGCUGAUUUAUCUGAGGAUACUUUACUUCAAGAAAUUCAAAAUAAGGAAUCCUCUGCAAUUGACCUUGGAGAAGCUACCAGUGAUGUCGUUGAUGCCAUGGAUGUGGAUUUCUCAACUGAUGUUCUUGGUGAGCCAACAUCUGAUAUAAAUAACACAACAAACUCUGAAAUUACUAGUAAGAAUAGCGAUGCUGGAUUAACUGUUGGAAAUGUAGAUACUCAAAAUGACCAAGUAUCUCAAGAACAAUUUAUUAAAGCAAAGAAAGAAAUGAUCGAAGGUGUCAAUCUUGCCAUUAAUGAAUCUUCAUUGGCACUAGAAUUCGUAUCAUUAUUGUUAUCAUCUGCUCGUGAAUCGGCUGCUAUUUCUUCAUUAUCACCAUUUUUAAAGAAGACUGUACCAAUCAAUUCAUUAAACAGUGAUAAGAUACCGUUGGAGGAAAAAACCAAACAGGAUCAAUUGGCACUAUCAGUUUUAAACAAAGGAUGGAAGUUGAAAAGUUUAAACGAAUCUCGUCAAAUCUUAAAAGACAAUUAUACUUCUAUAUCUCGAACGCUGGAGAAAGAGCAUGAAUAUUGGAGAAAGAUAUCCAAAUAUAUCACAAAUAAGGACGUUAUAUUUAAGUUAAGAGAUAAAGCUACAAACCAAAAAGUUUUGGGUAUAAAAUACGGUUAUGAAGAUUCUGGAUCAACUUAUAGACGUGAUAGAGGCAUUGCCAGUUUAAGAAAUAACCCAGAAACAGGCAAACUAGAAUUAGUGCCAUUAUCAAAAGGUUCUAACGAAGUAAGUUACGAAUCAGGAAAUGAUAGGUUUAUCAGAGUUAGGAUAUAUACUAAAAUUGAGUCAGAAGAUGAUGCUGUAUUGAGUGGUGAAAGUUCAUUUGAUAAGAUAUUUUUUGAAACAAAUGAACAAAGUAACUCUGAAGAUAUUAGAGGACAAAUAUCGAGACUAAAGGCAUUGAUCUUCGAAAAAGAAUUAAUGUAUCGUUUGAAAAAAGAAUGUACAAAAUUAAUAUCAUAUGGUGUAACAGUAGAAAAUGAGAAUAAAAUAGUUAUAGAACUUCCAAAUGAAAGAAUUGAAAUUGACUAUUUAUCGAUUCAAGAUUCUUCAGUUAUCAAUCAUGAAAGAGAUGCACCAAAGAUAAAUGAUAGACGCGCUACUUUAAUAUUGAUCACAUUAAGACUGCUUCUAGUGGCCAUGUUCAAGAAAGAACUUAAACAAAGACUCGAAUCAUCUAAGAGGACAACAAACCCAAAUAUCGAUCAUGAUAUAUUAUUAAUAAGACCGGUAUUAGGAAAAAUUCGUCAUCAUAAUCAUAAAAUUCUAUUGAAACGAAUACUAAAAGAACAUGUUACUGUAGUUUUGGAUGGAACAACAAUAACUGAGGUUCCGAAUGAUCAAAUUCCGCAAGACAAAAGUGAAACCAUUACUUCAGCAGUUGAUAUUCAUAUCAAAAAACUAAGUAAAGAACUAGAUGCAUAUUCUGAAUUAUUACAAAUUCCAAUUUCAAACUUUAAGAUUGAGUUGCCUAAUAAAGGUCGUUUAGAAAUCACAUUAAAGAGUCCAAAUUACUGCAAUGCAACAACAACUGUACAAUACUUGAAUGAUUCUGAUGUAAUUAUAUUUGAUGCUAAAUUUUCAGAAUUCAAAGAAAUUGAAGAAUUCUUAAAUUUCAUUGUUCAUGAAUAUAUCAAAGACAAAGCUGUUACUCAACCUGUAAAAGAAGAAACCUCAGCUAUAUAA